AAGCCCUAGUUCUUAUUGUAGGGAUCUCAAUUGGGAUCAUCAAAAGCGUCUCUAGCCAGUACAGAAGAAACGAGUUCUAGAUUUUAUCGCACUCGAAGGUAGUGUAUGUAGGCUCCUUGAUGGUCGGCUUGAAUAGCUGCUUGCUCUGUUGGUGUUGGCUAGUCGUGCCCUUUCUGGGGCUUUCGGGCUGUUUCUCUCUCUUCCUGGAUUAUCUCAGUCUCUGGUCCAGCUUUUCCUCUAUUUCUGCUCAGAUCGAUGCUGUCUCUGUCCGAUCGCUGCAGGAUCAUCUUGGUUUGUUAAGGCUGGGAUUAUGAUAUGGACUGUGCAAAGGAGACAUGCUCAUCGAAAGUGG